GGACUGCCAACCAUGAUUCCGGUGACUCAUCCACCCAUCAUCCACGGAUCACAUGGAGGCUCCCCAGAUGACCCGGAUGAUGAGGAAAACAGACCUUUUAAGUGUAAUCUCUGUGGCAAAGGGUUCAAACUCAAGGGAGGACUCAUGCAGCAUGAAAGAACUCACAGCACUGACCGGCCAUAUGUAUGUCCCGACUGUGGGAAGCUCUUCCGGCAGCCUACUCACUUGCAGCAGCAUUUAAGGAUUCAUACUGGAGAGAAACCAUAUGAAUGUGCAUUUUGUGAUAAAUCAUUUAGACAGAGAACAAUAUUAAAUCAGCAUCUCAGGAUACAUACGGGAGAAAAACCAUAUGCAUGUAUGGAGUGUGGCAAGCAAUUUCGACAAAAGGCAAUACUAGAUCAGCAUUUUAGAACACAUCUAGGCGAGAAGCCUUAUGCUUGUCCACAUCCAUCUUGCAGAAAACAUUUUAGAGAGAUGGCGACUCUCAUUUCUCAUAUGAAGUGCCAUAAAGAUGUGCCUGAUCCCAGGAUUGUUCUUCAACAGGCAAAACAGUUGAUUAAAGAGGAGCGCCAAGAUAAUCCACCUUUAAGUCGUGAACAUGGGGAGGGCCCAGAUAGAGGGCUUUGUCAAUCAGAGAGAAAGUGGGAGUGGGAGUUCUGAACAAGGAGGGUACCAAAACAGCGGAGAUCAAAUCAGGCAUGGCCACAGACCCUUUCCUCCGCCAAAUUCCUCAGAUUCCAAUGUAGCUCAGAAAUCUCCGCAUCCCCUGUCACAGCAUUCUGGAGGGGACCAGUCAAGUGAGAAUUCCUCUGGACCGCCACAGCAAGCACACUCGCAGUCAUUAACAACUAACAUGAUGCCAACUCCUCCACAGAUGGCCAUGGCGAACCUGAUUCCUUAUCCCCACUCUAUUUUUCCAGCCACGUCUUACAUGAUGCCGCAGCCUGACCCAAGACAAUACCACCCACAAUCACAACAACAACAUCGACCUAAUCAGUAAAUUUGCUGACCAUAUUCUUGAGACAUACUAGGGCUUAAUGGGCAUAAAAUUAUUUUUGUUUAUUUUAUCUUUGAAAAUUUUCUUUUUUUUUUCUUUUUUUUUAAUCAAAAUAAUUUGACUAAUAUCAUACAAUGGAAUUUAGAACUAUGCAAGCAAUCUUUACAACUAACAAAUGAAAACAAAAUUUGGGCAGGGGAUACAUACAAACACAUACCUGAAUUUUUUCCCGGUGAUUCUGAUUAUCAGAGAGAAAUGAAAGUUGUAUAUGUACAAUUCUUACAUAUUUCCUGUGAACUAAGAAGAAACAAGACUAGAAAAUUAUAUUCAUGAUGGAAUUAAAAGGUUACAGUUCCUAAUUAUUGGAAGCACAGAAAUAACCUCAGAGGUGGAGGAACAGAAGGUAUUGUAUUACAACUACUAGAUUUAACAUCUAAGGAGAAAACAGUCAUUAGGUAGGGGUGCUGUGUCUAGUUUUGUAGAUUGUAGCGUUUUGUCAUGAUGGUUAUGCCAUUGUGAUGAGCCUUUUUUUUAUUAUUUUUUUGUCUCAUUUAUUUUGUUAUGAAGGUACAGGAGUGUCCUAAGGCAUAAAUUGAUAUAUGUAUAAGAAUUCAAUGUGUGUAGUUACUUAGUCUUUCUUACAUGACAGUUGUUACUGAUGAAUGUCAGUACAUAGCAUUCUUUGUAAAGUGUUUUACAAACUACUUUUUUUUUCCCCCUGAAAUAUGUCAUCCAGGCGAGAUUAGAGUGAAGUAUUAUAUGUACUUAAUAUGCAUAUGAACUCGCAGCAUAGGUUUGGGUUUAGCUAAAAUGGCAAAAUGCAGAUUUUAAUUGUAAAAGAAAAAAAGAGAAAAAAAAGUGACCAUUUUUAAGAACCAGUGACAAGUUUUGAUUUUAAAAUAAGUCUGCAUUGUUGCUGUCUCUGUGGCUUGCCCAUAAUCUUAUAGAUGUUAUGAGAAGGUAAAGGGUGCUUUGGUGGGCAUUCACAUUGUUGUAAAUAUUAACUUAACGAGCAUGCCAUGGCCCAGCAGCAGUCUUUUUAUAGUG